ACAGUUUAAACAGAGACUGCUGCUGCCUCGAAACAUGGUCUGGAGGCUGGUGUGUGUGACGCUGCUGGUGUUUGACGCUCUCAGAGCUGAGGAGUGUGAGGAGAUGACGGAGCUGGGCCUGAAGCACUCUCUGACCGGGACGUCUCUGAACGUGAGGUUACUGCUCUACACUCGGGUCAAUGCGUCCUGCGCUCAGCUGCUGUCCCACCGAGAGCCCUUCAGCAACCCUCGCUUCAACCUCAGCUCCCCGAGCACCUUCCUCAUCCACGGCUACCGGCCCAACGGCUCGCCCCCCGUCUGGCUCACAGAGUUCGUGCAGCUCCUCCUGCUGCGCCACGACAUGAACGUCAUCGUGGUGGACUGGAACCGCGGAGCCACCAACAUUAACUACUGGAAAGUGGUGGAUAACACACGCAAGGUGGCCGCAAACCUCACCGACCUCAUCCAGAAGAUGGAGGUCAACGGGGCCAAUCUCAGCUCCAUACACCUGAUUGGUGUCAGUCUAGGGGCCCACAUUUCAGGUUUCACUGGGGCUAAUUUUAAUGGAAGAAUUGGCAGAAUAACAGCGCUGGAUCCAGCAGGGCCGGAGUUUAACGGUCAGCCUCCCAGUAAGCGUCUCGACCCGUCUGAUGCCCAGUUCGUGGAGGCCCUGCACACAGACAUGGACGCGCUGGGCUAUCGUGAUCUCCUGGGUCACAUCGACUAUUACGCCAACGGUGGAGCGGAUCAGCCUGGAUGCCCCAGAACCAUCUUUUCAGGCUCGCAGUAUUUCAAGUGUGACCAUCAGAGGUCAGUGUUGCUCUACAUGAGCUCACUGAACGGCUCGUGUCCCAUCACCGCGUACCCCUGUGACUCCUACACACUCUUCCAGGACGGGGAGUGCAUGGACUGUGGGAGGUUCGCGCCGGACGGAUGUCCUGAUUUUGGUUAUGAUGCUGUGCGCUGGAGGGACACGCUGCUGCAGCGGGGACAAACCAGGACAUACUUCCAAACUAAUAAAGCGUCUCCAUUCUGCAAGUUCGGUUACAAGGUUGAUAUUGUCACAUGGAACCAGAAAACACACUGGGGAUAUCUAACAAUCAAAUUAAGCAACAGAAAGGAAGAGGCGCAAGUUGAACUCAAUCAUAAAUCCCUGAUGUUUGAGAGGUUUGUGGAGAGCAGUGUUCUGGCUCAGUUUGACCGAGACGUCCAGCCUGUGAAAGAGGUCACGCUCCGGUUCUGUACGGGGAAAGGACUCGGGCCGCGGAAGAAACUGCGGCUCCUGCGCAUCCGCCUCACUCCUCUACAGAACCACCACAGCGGGCCUCUUUGUCGCUAUGAUCUUCUGCUGGAGGAAAAUAAAGAUGUGACGUUCAGACCGAUCCCCUGUGAAGACUCCAACUUCUGAUCCGGUGUCUCCAGAGCGAAGCGCUGGCUCUCGGUCAGUAACUGAAGCAGCGGUUAAACUCUGGGGCCUCUCAGGGUCCCUUCAGAACUGUGACUUACUCUUUGUUUUAUUCUCUUCGUGAAAGGACAGCUUUAUUUGCUUUUAUGUAAAUAUUUUUGUUAAUAUAUAUUUUUCUUGUUUUUGCCUCUAUGUGAUAUUUAUGGUAUUAUUGUAAUUGUCUUUGUUUUAACGCUGUUGUUACCAUUGUUUUUUCCUUUUUACAUCACUUCACUUCUUGCGUUUCUGCUCACUGCAUUUAAAAUUAAACUGUGAUAUACUCAUGCAUGUGUAAAUAUAAUAGCAAUGUGAAAACAUGCUACCAUUUCAUAUUUGGGGGUCAAGUAACUUUUUGUUUGAAGAUUGCUUUUUUUUUUUUUAAUUUAUCAAAAGAGACUUUUAUAUUGUUACAGAAAAUUAUAUAUAUAUAUUU